GAUCCAUUCAUUUUAGUCCACAGUUACAUCCGCAUUUUUUGGAGACGCGCAUGUCAGAUGACGUGUUAAUUAAGACUUCCGGAACACAUCCUAUCAUUGUUUACUAACUUUAGUAACUAGACCUCUAGACUGGAUUUAGGAAUAGACAGCGAAUCUCACAAGUAAUCAAACCACAUUCAAGUGACAGAGAUGGCUGAGUUUGAUCCCUGUGAAUGUAUUGAUGCAUUUCAACAUGAAAAUGUAAUGCGUCGACUCUUGAAUUUGUUGCGAGACUCCCAGAAUGUUUGCACUGACAAUGGCUGUGACAACUUACCAACCUCACCCCAGGCACCAAACUGUGCCGAAGGGUACAUGCUCCUGAUGUUAGGCUGGUUUGUAGUAGCCACUCUGCUGUUCUUGUUGAGGCCUAAGACACUGAGGCUGAGGGGGGAUGGAAAGCCUGCUCCUUCUGGGGGCGGUUCAACUCCUCCCCCUGCUCCAUCUGUUAACUAAAGGAAUCAAACAAUUUGUUUUCCUGGUGGCUGUGAGGGAUUUCUCAUUCUUUUCAAGACGCUGCAGUCAAGCUAAAAGAUCUUAAGGAGGAAAACCAUUUCUUCAUGGUGAAUAGUUCUAAUUACAAACAUUGAUUUAUAAUAGUUUAAUCCUUUGGAUUACUGUACCGAAUGCCAGCUUAUUUAUUUUAUAUUUUGAAUACCAAUUUUUUAAAUGCCUCCAGUUUGACAUUGCAGCAGGUUUUUUUUUUCUAAGUCAGUAACUCUUUUGAUGGAUAGAACGGAAUCUGUUAGUAAGAAGCUCCAACUUUGUUUCUUUGUGGUGAUGGAUAUUUAAAUUCGAAUUUCGUAUUUUAUUUUUUUUUUUAGGGACAUUAGCAUAAUUAACUAAUUUCUCUUCUUAUUAAUGCCCCUCUUGUCAUUCCAAGACAUUUCUUUGCUGUAUAUAUCUCAGAAAGACAAUGUUUUUGAAAAGUGUUGAUAAUGCGUACUAUCAUUACACUUCCAGUAAGUAGUUGUAACUUAUUCUUGUGCUGUGGGAACUCUUGUCCUUGUUCAAUUGACUACAAAAUCUCAUUUAUUUUUAUUGUUUUAACAAUGGCUGCCAUUUAUUAUACUAGUAGCUCUUGUGCCAUUGAGGUAGCAAUCAAAGCUGUGCUCUUCUUGUGCCAUUCUGGUGUGUCAGAGUUGAUAGAUGCCGUUGGUUUUGCUCUAUACAAAGACGACCAAUUAAAGUAUACAAUCUUUAUUAUUUUUUAUUUAUUAAGGUUUCAUCUAAUUGUUUUAAUACUUUUACAUUUGGUAUAUUACAUUGGGGGUAUUGGAUUUAAAAAAACAUCAUUCUGGCCCUUGUGGUUCAUUGUAUAAAAUGUAAUGUCUCCACAAAGUUGACUAAGACAUUUUAUUUUUGUACCAUAUGUUAAUGUGUAAAUAAGUUUUUUUUUUAAACUAUAAAUAAAAUUGUAAACAAUCAA